GGAAAAACAAAACCCCGCAUAACAUCAAAACCCGCAUUUUACAACAAACUAUCACCCGGAAUCCUAUUUUCUUUGUCAGAAUUUACGUUUCAGAGUGACAGACGCGGGUUUUUGUCGCUCAUUGGGACCGUGCGGGCGGUGUUGUUUAUCUGUAGUAAAGGGGGACUUGAAACCGUCCUCCCUUGCCCCAUUUCCUCGGUUGUUUUCCUUCUCUCGCCUGGAUUCUCCAUGUUGUUGGUGCAAAAGUGACGGCAGAAGGGGGCUACUCGGCGGCUAUCACCACCAAAUAGCGGUACACCCGAUGAGACGGAGCGGGCAGAGUGUCAGAUAACCUCCGGAAAACAUAUCCAAGUGCCUCGCCCCCCCUUACCCCAUCCUUCCUCCUAAGGCAGCCGAUUUAAGAACAAGAAGCAGCGGUUUUGGAGAAGAAAGGAAGCAGGCAGGGACGUGAUAAAUCCGGACCAUAACUGAGGCGGGUCACACGGUAACCUCGGUGUAUACUGCUAGAGUCGCCUUAUCAAUUAAAAAAACCCCAAUGAGGGACGCCCAUCAGUGCUCGGGGACAGGAUUUGAGGAUUUUGAGGGCUCUGUGAUUGUCAGAUGGAAAGUUCUGUUAUCACCCAAGUGCAGAAAGAAGACGUCCAAGUGUCACCGAAAGCAGGCCAGGUGAGCCGCUCUGCCCUGAAACAGCCACGGAGCUGUAACAUCUUCAAAGCCCUCUUCUGUUGCCUCAAAGUCCAGGAUGGCCCCAAACCGCCGCCGCCACCUCUGCCGCCGCCUUCCCAACAUAGCCUGCUGGAGUCACAGGAAAAUGGGUCGGUCGUCAAGCUGUCGGAAGUUAACCUCCUGCCUGAGGUGAAGGCCGAGGACCAGGGGAAGAUCUGCGUGGUCAUCGACUUGGACGAGACCCUGGUGCACAGCUCAUUUAAGCCCAUUAGUAAUGCGGACUUCAUCGUGCCGGUGGAGAUAGAGGGGACCACACACCAGGUGUAUGUUCUGAAGAGGCCGUACGUGGAUGAGUUCCUGCGGAGAAUGGGAGAAAUGUUUGAAUGUGUGCUGUUUACAGCCAGUCUUGCUAAGUAUGCAGACCCAGUGACAGACCUGCUGGAUCAGGGCAGCGUGUUUCGGGCCCGGCUGUUCCGGGAAUCUUGUGUGUUCCACCAGGGCUGCUACGUGAAAGACCUGAGCCGUCUGGGCAGGGACCUCACCAGGACCCUCAUCUUGGAUAACUCCCCUGCCUCGUACAUCUUUCACCCUAAUAAUGCUAUUCCCGUGGUGUCUUGGUUUGACGACGUGGAAGAUACCGAGCUGCUUAACCUUCUGCCCGUGUUCGAGGAGCUCAGUAAAGCUGAUAACGUUUACACCCAUCUGGACCAGCUUCGGGAACAGUAGUUCCCUCCCUCUUCAUAAACACCAGAUCCGCAUAUACCGAGAGAGAGAAAAAAACUCACUUUUUCCCUUUAUGUCACUGUGCAGCUGGGGAGCUACCCCAAACCUGGUGAUAUCCACAAACACUUUUUUUUUCUUAAUAAAAUAAUCACUACAAGAAAGACUGGGAGUCAACCAAAGCCAACCCAUUACAAUCACUCCAGCUGGUAUAGAAACGAAAAUGGAUCUUUUGCCAAAGCAGACAUCUGCCUGCCCUCUAUUGACUUUUGGACACAGUUUGCUUUAUUGUGCCUUUUAAGGAACAAGAGUAAAAAAAAACACUUUUUUUUAAUUCCACCAGAUUUUUAUACAUUUAUAGAUUCCUUUUUAUGCAAGGAAAUCUAUUUUUAAAUGCUGAAAACAUUGUUUCUCUAUGCAACCCAGUUCGGUAAUAACAUGUUGUACCUCUUGUGGUUGGCAGAUGUGCACUUCUGAGAAAAAGUCUCAGCCACUUUACAGAUUUCUUCUACUUUUUCCUUUGGUUUCAAUUAACGUUUCAGAACACGUUUUUUUAGACCAGACAGAAAUAACAUUAGGAAAUGUGGAUCAUGAUUUUUUAAGGGAGAAAAAGCAGCGGAAACCAACUUGGAGACCAAUUCAUCAAUUGCAGUUGAAAAUAAUCUCACUUGCUACACCCAGUUCUGAUAUAUAUCUAUAUAUACAUAUAUCUUUAUAUGUGAGAGGGUCUGGGCAGAUGACUUAAAUGGGAGAUCUCCAUGGUGCUGAGGGGUUCCCAAGGCUUCACCAAACAUUUUGUUGACUGGAGCCAGAAGUUUAACUUUUUUGUAAACUUCAGAGCUGCUGGCAGGUUUGGUUGGCAGGGUUGAUCAUUCUAGGCCUGUGGUAUAAACAAGGCCACUUUCCGGAUCCUCCAACCAUCAGAUUCCACCUAAAGCAUCUUGAUUAACCCCAAGACUUUGGGAACUAUGGGAACGUUUAGUUGGAUCAGGUUCAAAUCAACACAUAAUUUGGAGGUUCUUCCAAAGACAAUCAUGUAGAGGUAAUAUUAUGGUCUGGGACUGUUUGGGACGACUUGCUAUGAUUAAUGGAGCGAAUGAUUAUUCUUUUUAGCAAUACAACCAGAAGAAUAAUCUAUAUCCGUUGGUUCUUGACCUUCAGCACAAUCAUUCAAACAAGAUGUCGUAGCAUUAGCUUAAUGGCUACAUUAAAAUAAUUCUCCAAAGUGGACCAAAAUACCUCUACAUUGAUGUAAAAAAAACAACUCUCCUCCAGUUGUCACUUCAUAGCUGUUGAUCCUGCCCUGCCAAAGAGGAAGUUCCGAAUUCGAUUGAGACAAAAAAGCAAAAACAGCAGAAAUCUGUAAGGGGGUGAAUACUUUUUCGUGCCACUGUAAAUGUUGCUGUAUGUUUAUUUACGUCGAAACAAAUCAGAUAUUAUUCAUUUGUGCUGUAAACACCCUAUUCUUUUUUUUUUUCUUCAAAACAUGCAAUAUAAAUAAUGAAUGUUCAGAUUGUUAUUAUUGGUAACGGGUUGGGUAAUUAGAACGAGGUCUCUGGUGGUGCGUUAACAGUUACACUGGAUAAGCUGGCACAUGGGAUGAUCCUUAAUGUUUUCAGACAGAUCUUCAUUGGUUGCUGUAUUUUUCUUUCUUUCCAAAUGACAAAUAAGUUGCACUUGUACUAUAUCGACAGUGCUGAAAGUAAAAACUGUGCCUUUGGAAACGGGACAGAGAGAAAAGUGUUCCGCCUGAGCAGAGAUUUUUUUUUUUUUUUUUUGAGAACUGCACACCCUGAUAACGUCAUGCUGAGCGUGAGAAAAAAAACACUGUCAGGAGCCAAAAGGGGGGGCGGGGGGAUGCCAGCCGCUGUGGUACUUGCAUUACAACACUUGAAGCUAUCAAAUUUGAUAUUUUUAAACUGCCAAGUGUUUUUAUUUUCCUCUAUAUAUUUAUUGGCCAAUAGAAACAUAAUUGUCCAACACUUUUUAAUACCCAGCAUUUUAUAUUGUGAUCCGUUCUGCCUAUACUGAGGCUGGCCUUGUGUUUUCACUGUUUAUUCGUGCCUAUAUAACACCUUUUGCUGAUAAAAAAAAAAAAACUCAAACCUGUUCAGUUAUGGUAAAUGUAAUUUACAAGCAAGCGUGAAUCUGGAAUUAAAUCUCUUUUUUACUCAUUUGUAACUCAGUACGUAUUUUUGUAAUGAGUUUGUGUAUUUUUUUUUCUUCGGUAGGACGGUCUUUACAAUGUUUGUCCAAUGCAAUUACUGCCUGCAUGUUAAUGAGUCAAAUGUGGAAAUGUAUGUUGUGAUGACCAAAAGUAUUUGAAGAAGUCUCAAGUCUUUUGUUUGUUGCGAAAAAAGAAUGUUUUUGAAUAAUUUUUUUAUACCUGAUCUGACCAAAACCCUUAAAAAAAAGGUGCUGCCAAUUUUGAUUUUGAAAUAAAAAAUGUGG